UGAUCCGACCUGGCCAAGGAUAUAGUGAUUUGAUAUGAGAUCUACAAGUGCCAGAGAAGAGCAGUCAGGACAACCAUAGACAAAAAUGUCGAUGUGUUCUUCUGAGUCUUCAUCGAGCAAAUUUUGGAUCGUGCACAGCAUUGUAGCCGGGGCUGCAAUUGCUGCUGCCAUUGGCGCUGGUGCAUAUCUGGGUCGAUACAGAAAGUUCAGGAGCCGAGUUGUUGGUAUCAUACCCGCCCGUUAUGCUUCUUCUCGGUUUGAAGGCAAACCACUUGUUAAUAUCCUUGGUAAACCCAUGAUCCAGAGAACUUGGGAAAGGGCCAAACUAGCAAGUACACUGGAUCAUAUAGUUGUGGCUACGGAUGAUGAAAAAAUUGCAGAAUGUUGUCGAGGAUUUGGUGCUGAUGUGAUAAUGACUUCAGAGUCCUGUCGAAAUGGUACUGAACGAUGCAACGAAGCACUUCAAAAGCUAGAUAAGAAAUAUGAUGUUGUUGUCAAUAUUCAGGGUGACGAGCCUCUCAUUGAACCUGAGAUAAUAGAUAGAAUUGUUAAAGCACUGCAGGCAGCCCCAGAUGCAGUGUUUAGCACUGCUGUAACUGCUUUGAAGCCUGAAGAUGCAUUCGAUCCCAAUCGAGUGAAAUGUGUGGUGGAUAAUCAUGGCUAUGCUAUCUAUUUUUCAAGGGGAUUAAUUCCUUACAACAAAACGGGAAAGGUCAAUACACAAUUUCCUUAUAUGCUUCAUCUAGGAAUUCAGAGUUAUGAUACAAAGUUUCUGAAGAUAUAUCCUGAGCUUCGAUCUACUCCACUGCAACUAGAAGAGGAUUUGGAACAGCUUAAGGUCCUUGAAAAUGGUUACAAAAUGAAGGUGAUAAAAGUUGACCACGAGGCACAUGGUGUCGACAUUCCAGAAGAUGUUGAAAAGUUAGAAACUUUGAUGCGUGAGCAAAGCUUUUCUUAGUUCAAUACUAACUAUGCCAAAGGUUAGUUUUUAAGAUGGAUAGGGUUGUAUGCGUGUUUAAUAAACAGGUCCAAUAUACAGUUCAAUACUAACUAUGCCAAAGGUUAGUUUAGAAGAUGGAUUGGGUUGUAUGCGUGUUUAAUAUACAGGUCCAAUGGAUAGGGAUGUCAAGUAGGAUGCUGAUUAUUGGUUGCACAAGCCAGUUUUUAAUAUUAUAGUUAUAUAGUGCAAUGCUAUUCUUUAUAGGUUCA